CAAACUUCUAGACUCUAGAGUCAUGGAUUCAUGGUGUGACGACUACACUUCUACGUCCACAAGUUCCACCUACACGGUCUGAUAAGAUUACAACAGACUUCAGGAGGUCUUCUAUUGUCACUAGAAAGAAUAGCGUUGAUGAAGCUGAGAUCUUGAGCUUCAUGGAAAGUUAGUCAACAGUAAGUGUAAAAGUACUUUACCCAAAAGACAAUAAAUACAAUCAGUAAUUUUUGGAGAGCACAAAGAUCUGUUUGCCAUGGAGAGCAAGAUGCAGGUCCCAUGUACAGUCAUAAAGACCGAAACGAAAUAUAUGGGUGAGGCACAAGAAGACUUAAGCAAUAAUGUAAUACCUAAAGCAGAAAGUUCAUUUUGCUCUGAUUAUAAUGAGACAAAAUGUUUACAGAAUGAUUUCAUGCAGCAUGAAAGUAUCUUUGGCCAAGAACUCCAUAAUAUAAAAAUUGAUCCAACUGCACAGACAAACUGGUGGUGUGAGAAUGUUCCGAAAGUGGAGAUGAAUUCUCAAGAUUCCACUUCUUUCAUUAAAACUGAACAGCAGCAUAGUCACAUUGUGAAGAUAGAAUGGCCACAUAUGACUGAGAAUAAUCAUGUAGUAAAGACUGAGAGAUCAUGGUCUGGCCAGGAUGCAAUUUCUCAACUUGACAGUGAUAAUAAAUUUUAUUGGAUCUGCCAAGGUGAUACUUAUGUAGUGAAGACACAGUAUUCAAAAGGACCAGUCACUUCAGAGGUCAAGCAUGAAGAUCACUCUGGUCAAGGCGUUGGUUCUGCAGUAAAGUCAGAGCAGACAAAAUCACACACUCAGUCCACAGUAAUGGAGCACUUGAAGGCACAGAGUGUACCACAGGAGGUGGAGUGGAAUUGCAGGAAAAAUAAGGAUAUUUUAGCAUGUAUAUCAUCACCUGAACUUCAAGAUGUGGAUGUUGCUGGAUGUAAAAAUACACAGGUGGUGGAUAUUGUGACUGAAAGUCCUCAGCAUGAGAGAAAUGUAAAUGUGACAGAAGCAAGCUUCAGUACUGAGUCAGAAAAGCAGCACCCUAGUAGUGAUGUUGAAUCUGAUAAGUGCAAAGUGUGUAUGUCUUCAUUCCAUUUUCCAUCCUUGCACAAAAAACACAUGUCGGACCCCACUGGUAAACCUCACAAGUGCAGAACAUGUAAAGCUGCCUUCAAAAGAUUAUCUGAUUUUAAAAGUCAUAUACGGGUUCACCGUGAUAAGAAGCCUCACCAGUGCAGUGUGUGUAAAGCUGCAUUUAAAAGAUUAUCCGAUUUGAAACGACAUAGGCAGGUUCACAGGGAUGACAAACCUCACCAGUGCAGUAAAAGAUUAUCCUAUUUGAAACGACAUAGGCAGGUUCACAGGGAUGACAAACCUGACCAGUGCAGUGUAUGUAAAGCUGCAUUUAAAAGAUUAUCCUAUUUGAAAGGACAUACACAGGUUCACAAUGAUGACAAGCCUCACCAGUGCAGUGUAUGUAAAGCUGCAUUUAAAAGAUCAUAUGCUUUAAAAGAGCACAUGAUGGUUCACAAUGGUGACAAGCCUCACCAGUGCAGUGUAUGUAAAGCUGCAUUUAAAAGAUUAUCCGAUUUGAAACAACAUAGGCAGGUUCACAGGGAUGAGAAGCCUUAUCAGUGCAGUGUAUGUAAAGCUGCAUUUAAAAGAUUAUCCAAUUUGAAAGGACAUACACAGGUUCACAAUGAUGACAAGCCUCACCAGUGCAGUGUAUCGGCAUUUAAAAGAUUAUCCAAUUUGAAACAACAGAUGCGUGUUCAUAAGGAUGAGAAGCCUCACCAGUGCAGGGUUUGUAAAGCUGUAUUUGAAACAUUAUCCUAUUUGAAACAACAUAGCCAAGUCCACAGUAACUAUAAACCUUACCAGUGCAACAUAUGUAAAGUUGCCUUCAAAAAAUCAAAUGCUUUGAAACAGCAUGUGCAGGUUCACAGUGAUAAGCCUCACAAGUGCAGUGUGUGUAACAUCAGAUACAGGUAUCACAUGGCUGCAGAUGUUCCUGUUCCUACUGGUGGAUAA